AUGUCAGCCGUUUCAUCAUUCUUUACUAAACUCAAGUUUUAUCUCAAAUCAGGACUUUAUGGAACCCUUGUUGCUGGAUGUGCCAUAUAUGGUGUAUUAGCAUCGAUUAUAUUAAGAAUUGUUAAUAAAGCUGAAUAUGCUCAAUAUGCAGUUGCUAAAGCUUGUUAUUAUGUUGUUAGUUUAUUUUUGGGAUUAAAAAUUAAUAUUAAAAAUGAAAAAUAUUUACAAAAUCUUCCUGCUAUAGUUGUUGCUAAUCAUCAAUCAGCAUUAGAUAUUUAUGUUUUAGGGAAAGUUUUUCAACCUGGUUAUACUGUUACUAGUAAAAAAUCUUUAAAAUAUGUUCCAUUUUUAGGUUGGUUUAUGGCAUUAUCAGGAACAUUUUUUUUGGAUAGAUCUAAAAGUGCUUCUGCUAAAAAAGUUUUAGAUGGAGCUUUAACUGGAUUGAAAAAUCAAGGGAAAGCAUUAUUUAUUUUCCCUGAAGGUACUAGAUCAGCUACUGAGGAUUUAACCAUGUUACCAUUUAAAAAGGGGGCUUUCCAUUUGGCUAGACAAGCGGGAAUUCCAAUUAUCCCCGUGGUGGUUUCGAAUACUUCAACGAUUUUCAAUUCUAAACGGAAAAUAUUUAAUACUGGAGAAAUCAAUAUUGAAGUUUUACCACCAGUUUCAACUUCUGAUUGGGAAACUCAUGAAGAUGUCACUAAUGCUUGUAAUAAUAUUAGAGAUGAUAUGAUUAAAACUUUGAAAAAAUUGGGUAAUUCUAAAAUACCGGGAUCUAAACCAAGAGAAGAUUUUUAUCCUUCUGAAUCGGAAGAUACUUCAGAAACCGAUGUGGAAAUAAUUAAUGAACAAACUCCAUUAAAAGCUACUGCUGUUUCUGAUUAA